CUGUAACAUCAAAACCAAUUUGUUGAAUUUAUGACAAGUAGUAUUAAGAAAUAACGAAAAACUAAAGUUUACUAAAAAAUCGUAUAUUAACGGCUUGUUUAUGUUUUUGAAUGUCGAUAAAAUAUCGAUAUCACGUAGCUAUUGGAAUGCAUUAAUCAACACUGCGCACUUUUGCGUUUACCACACUGGUCUGUAAUGUUCAGUUAAACAGCUGUUGAGCGGCAAUUGGCCGCCAAAAUUACGGGGAUUUGUGCAAUGGAGUUUCCACUCUCAGAUUUUAACUUACGGGGACUUACUCCGAGAACUACACAGCUAUGCAUUGAGUACAGAGGGCACAAUGGAGGAGCUACGAGACCGCUUGCAGACGGCUCGCAGCGAUGAGGCCGAGGCUCAGGCAGAGGGUCGUGUGCGUCCUGGAAGACCACCAAUAUGCAAGUAUGGAGCUUGUGUGCAGCCAGAUGAUUUCUCCGAGGUGGAAGUGAUGCAAGAUUCGGAGUACGAGGAGUUCCUAAAGAAAUUACAGUGGAGACUGCGACGUGUUAACAAAUCAUAUCUACGCGAUGGAAUGGAUUACUAUCAUCCUGGAGUGCUCCAUCAAAUUGAUAGGACGAAGACAUAUACAUUUAAUAUGUGCGAGUUUUCUCUGCGAAAGAUGCCAUUUGUUCACAAGAUAUUUGCCAUAUUCAUAUCGAGCACAACGGAACAUUAUCAUCGUCUUUGCUAUGCAAAAAGUUUUGCCAAGACUCGCACCUUGAACAUGACGAAGGAACAGUUGAAUGCACCUGUUGUCACACGUGGAGAUGUUGGCAGAGCCAUGUCAAAUAUAUUGCUUGAAAUCGAAGUUAAUGGAUUGGAGAAUUUCGUUGCUGUCAUCACGGACAAUAAUAGUGUCAUCCUCAAAGCUUUGGAAGAGGUUAACAUGGUCAACAGGGCCAAGUUACCUCCUAUUCUUCUCGAUAGUGGCCAACUGCACAAGAUCUUUCAGGAUAUGUUCUGUGCGAAAUCGUCUCGUUGCCUAAUACAACUAGAGACUGCGCAUUUCCAAAAGAGCACUUAUAAAGCUCAACUUGAAAAGAUUGGACAAAACUAUACACAAAAUACAGAUUCCGCAAUGGUGUUUGAAGACCAUUUGGCAGCUAUACCGAAAGUAUUGGAGGCCAUGUGGAAAAUCAAAUCGCACAAAGAUAAACCCAUUUCAUUGGCACUCUUAAAUAAUUCACGGCUAAAUAUGUUUGCCAGUGAGGCUGAGAAUAAUAUUCCGCCGAUUCCAUAUGAGGAUAGUGCCAUUGGUGGCGGAGUCUUGCAAUUAGUUCUCUUCGAUACGUUAUGGUGUAUGUCCACUGGAACCGAAGUAGAGGAAAAAUAUGUUGUUGAAACGCAGGACAAGGCAGUACUAGAGUUUGUUCAUGGGCCAGAGCCCGAGCUGGACUUUGACCUGGAACUGGAUCCAGACAUGGAUCCAGAUCUUGAGACAGAUUUGGACCAGGAUAAUGAUGAGUUCCCAAAGUUAAUUUUAGAAGAAGUGCAGGAGUUAAUGCAAGAACCAGUGCAGGCGCCAAUGCCCGCACCAAUUCAAGUAAUAAUACAAUUGCCAAGGCAAGAUCAGAUACAAGAUCAAAUGCAAGGUACAACUCAUGAGUCAUUGCAAGCCUCCAUUCAAGAGACAAUACAAGCGACAAUUCAGGAUCUAAUGCAAGACCCAAGGCAAGGGCGAAUUAAUUUGGUAAUUCAAAUGCCGUCACAAGACCCACUCCAAGGGCCAAUGCAAGGGCCAAUGCAAGACCCAAUGCAAGGGCCAAUGCAGCAGUUAAUUACAGAGCCAAUGCAUGAACAAAUGCAAGAGCCAAUACAAGGGCCAAUGCAGGAAUUAAUGCAAGGCUCAAUGCAAAUAGAAGAUCAAUUGGAUGACAUGAUUCAUGGCCCAAUGCAAGAACAAAUGCAAGACCAAAUCCAAGGAAUAAUGCAAGGUCAAAUGCACGGACCAAUGCAAGGGCCAAUGCAAGGGCCAAUGCAAGGACCAAUGCAAGGACCAAUGCAUGGACCAAUGCAAGGAGCAAUGCAAGGACCAAUGCAAGGACCAAUGCAAGGACCAAUGCAAGGACCAAUGCAAGGACCAAUGCAAGGACCAAUGCAAGGUCCAAUGCAAGGACCAAUGCAAGGACCAAUGGAAGGUCCAAUGCAAGGACCAAUGCAAGGACCAGUGCAUGGGCCAAUACAAGAAACAAUGCACGCGUCAUUGCACGACCAAAUACAAGAAUUAAUCCACGGACCGCAUCAAGGGCCAAUGCAAGAACCAAUGCAGACGGCAAUGCAAGCGCAAAUGCAAGGGCUAAUGCAUGGGCCAAUGCAAGAACCCACAGCUGAAGAGCUGCAAAAUGAAAUGCUAGACCAAAUCCAAGAGCACAUACAAGAAGAAAUGCAAGGACAAAUGGAAGAUCAAUUGCAAGGAGAAAUCGUGGGCCAAAUCGAAGAGAUGAUGGAGGAGCAAAUGCAAGGGCAAAUACAGGGGCAAAUGCAAGGGCAAAUGGUAGGUACAAUGCAAAACCUAAUGCAAAACCAAAACGCAACCCAAAUGCAAAUGCAUCACCAAAUGCAAGAACAAAUGCAAGGCCAAAUGCAUGUUCACACUCAAGAGCAUUUACAAGAGCAAAUGGAGGAACACAUGCAGGACGAUAGUGAGGAUGAUAUCGAUGAAGAUAUCCAAGACGAUAUGCAAGAGCAGAUGCAAGAGCUGUUGACAGAGCCAGCUCAGCAGUUACUGCCCGAACCGAUACAGGAACUAUUGCCAAAUGAAAUACAAGAGCCAAUACAAGAGCUAAUACAAGAUGCAACGCAAGAGCCAGUGCCAGAUAAUUGGUUUGACAUAUUGGAUCCGUAGGGAUUCGUUGUAUGUGAUCUUUAUUUUGCAAAGUGCUGCCUAAACCUUGUAGUAUAUUCUCCUCUUUGCGCUUCAGCGAUAGCUUUGUCUCUUCAUUCUCAUCGAAUAUUUGCAAAUGCUUGGCGUAAUACCAAACAAAAAUAUUGCAAAAACCUCCUAGAAGAACAAAUGUCGCUGCCGUGUAAUUGAGCACAUAUCUAAGUGAGUAUGUGUCGUAAAGCCAACAAUUGCCCUUAUUGCUGCACGUCUUGCCCCAAACCAAGCAGUAUUUAUCGAUUAGCCAACCAUAAAAUAUCGGACUGGGUAUAAAUGCCAGCAACGAAGUGACCAUGCUGCCAAGUCCCAAUCCGAAGCUUUUCUGCUCCGGUGGUAUGCAGCGCAACGAUAUGAGAAAGUUGGUUGAUUUACUGGACGCUCCCACAAGCUUAAGGAAGCACAUGACAACCAGGAAAAUGUAGAACUGUUGAGUGCAAUCAACAGGACAAUGCCCACCGACUGCAGUCUGCCACUAAAAGAAUCGAUCAUCAGUUUUCAGUUGAAAUUCCACUUCCAAGCAUUACUUACAUGGGAGACAUCAGUGUCUGUUAUGUUUGGAGCCGAAAUACACGAGCAUCCUGUGUAUAUUUUGCGGUCAUGAUCGAACGGAUCUUUGCUCAUGGCAGUGCAGCCAGCAUGACAAGCGGUUGUAUAGGUGACAUUAUUCGGACUACAGAUUGGGGAAUAAAAUGCAUAAUCACAAUGACAAGAGGCACUGCAGCUAUUGCUUGUCGUCGCCAUGGAUCCCAAUUGAUCGCUAUCUUUGCAGCCAAUCAGCGAAUAGCACAAUAUGCCAGCAACUGUUAAGAAAUCAACUAUGACAUUCCAUGAGACAAUAGCACGAGCUCCUGGCUUAAACUUGUAGAUGACGUAGCCAGAGAGCACAACACCCACGGCGGAAAAUGAGAGUGGCACAGGACCCGAUGCCAUGGAUGCCACAGAUGCCGACUGACGGUAUUGCAUCUCGAUGUACUUCUGCGAGAAGGUCCAAUAGACAUUGUAGCCAAAGAAGUAAACGAUUGAAGCAGCCAUGUUAUACACAUAGACUUUGUUCGCGGCCAGACCUUUGACCGAUUUCCACAUAUCGCUCACUGAAUACGCCUUAUGCUUAUCGUUAGGAUCAGGUUCAUCAGUUUUUGCCUGUUUUAAACGUCUUGCCUUGGCGCUGGGCAACUCCCUGGGAAAUAGAGCAAUGACGAAAGCGCUCAGCAGUGUGAUGACAGCCAAUAGUAUAUAUCCAAGCCACCAGGCACCCAUCCAUCUGGGAUCUGUAUUCUUGAUAAGUGGUCUUAAGCGGGGAUCAAUGUACAGCUUCAAGCACUGCGAAGAUAGUAAAUAUCCAGCUGACGGACCCAUCAUUCUAAGAAAUGUGGAUAAGGCUAAGGCAAGUGAUAACUGGCGCUUUCGACUUGGCCGUGUUGUCAUCCAUGUAGGCCACGCCUACAAUUAUGACCAUUCCCGCUCCAAUUCCCAAUAUUAGCUGGGCAACGAACAAAAUGAUAAUGGGUGACCAUGAUUCGAUAUCCAUGUGACAAUUGGUUUUCUCAGAUGUGCACAAUUGUGAGCUGCUUAAUGAGGAUGUUGAAUUCCCGGUCAUAUUUUGAUUUCCAAAUUCAUGAGUUAAUUUUAAGGCCUCUUCGCCGGCUCCAUAAAGGAAGUGCAGCGAGGCAU